AUGCCGCCGUCAACCAUAAACGUCCUCCUCUCCGCGUUUCCUGGCCUCUCAUUUCCUUCGACGCUAUGCAUUCCACUUCCAUCAACGUCGACGGUUGCCGACCUGACCGAGAAAAUCAACUCACAUCUUCCAAUAUCCUUCCCACUCCAAUCGCCUAGUCUCGUUUUGACUACUCUUAGCAAUGCCGAAUUGAUACCUUACUCCUCUGAUAAACUCGCCAAUUUUCUCGCUUCUCCUACCGAUCUUCACUCUACAUUUCUUCCCCUCCGCCUCGGUCUUCGCAUCUAUGGUGGUAAAGGUGGUUUUGGCUCCCAGCUCCGUGCUGCUGGAGGCCGCAUGUCCAGUCGCCGGAAGGGAACUCAAGGAGAAAACAAUGGGUCAAAUCGCAACUUGGAUGGACGGCGCUUGCGGACAGUGACUGAAGCUAAAGCUUUGGCGGAGUAUCUUGCGCUGAAGCCAGAAAUGGAUAGGAAGGAAAAGGAAGCUCGUAGAAAAAGAUGGGAGUUGGCUGUCGAGCUUGCCGAGAAACGAGAAGCAGAGAUCAGAAACGGUGAUGGAAAAGGGAAAGUCGACGGUGAAUCGAUUGAAGAUAAAGAGGAAGCGGGUGAAAAGGCACGUGAGGCGGUUUUCCGUGCCAUGAAGGAGGGUAUUUGGAGGGAUAAGCUCGCUGGCGGUUUACUCGGCGAGUCGAGCACGAGUCCGGGUGAAAGUAGUGGAAGUGGAGGCUCUGCAAGCCCAAGCGAUGGGAGUGAGUCGGAAGAUAUCGAGCAAUCUGCGCGUCCAUUGGAAACCCCUAGUGGUAGCUCAAAUGAGUCGGCUCCAGCCAGGCGAUAUUUCGGGUUCGAUGAUGAUGACGAUGAAUUUUUGAGUGAUGAGGAUGAGGAUGAUGACAACGAAAGUGUCGCCGACGUUAAAGGGAAGGGAAAGGCUAAGGCCUAA